GGGCGGCGGCGCCCCGCAGCAGAAAUAUUUCAUUAUAGGAGUUGGUGUCUUUUGAAGACAUAGCUGUGGACUUCACCUGGCAAGAGUGGCAACACCUGGAUGCUGUUCAGCGAAACCUCUAUAGAGAUGUGAUGCUGGAAAAUUACAGCAGCCUGAAGUUCCUGGGCAAAUUAAACUCCCGGAACUGUAUGACCAAACCAGAUUUGAUCUUCAAGUUGGAGCAAGGAUUUGCACCAUGGAGUGUAGUAGAAGGCUCAAUUCAGAGGCUUCAAGAAUUAAAAAAUCAGCAGGAAAUGCCAUGGACAAGGAGUGAUGAUUUUAAGCAAUGCCAGAAUGCUGUUUAUCACAGGAUACAUCCCACUUGUUGUCAACAAACAAACGCAUUUGAGAAACCUUUUGAAUGUGGGACAGUUUACACCACACAGUCACUUCUCACUACGCAUGAUCGAACUCACACAGCUGAUACGUCUUAUGAAUGUAGAAAAUAUGGAAAAGCUUUCAUCUCCAAGUCACAUCUCACUAUCCACCAGAGAACUCACACAGGUGAGAAACUUUAUGAAUGUAAUGAAUGUGGAAAAGUUUAUACCACCCAGUCAAAUCUCACUGUGCAUCAUCGAACUCACAAAGGUUAUAAACCAUAUGAAUGUAAAAAAUGUGGAAAAGCUUUCAUCUUCAAGUCACAUCUCACUAUUCAUCAGAGAACUCACACAGGUGAGAAACCUUAUGAAUGUAAUGAAUGUGGAAAAGCAUACACCACCCAGUCAAAUCUCACUGUGCAUCAUCGAACUCACACAGGUGAGAAACCUUAUGAAUGUAAUGAAUGUGGAAAAGCUUAUACCACCCAGUCAAAUCUCACUCUGCAUCAUCGAACUCACACAGGUGAUAAGCCUUAUGAAUGUAGAAAAUGUGGAAAAGCUUUCAUCUCCAAGUCAUAUCUCACUAUGCAUCAGAGAAUUCACACAGGCGAGAAGCUGUAUGAGUGUACUGAUUGUGGGAAAGCCUUUCCUUUAAAGUCACACCUCACAGUGCAUCAGAGAACUCACACAGGUGAUAAGCCAUAUGAAUGUAGUGAAUGUGGUAAAGCCUUCAUCUACAAGUCAGUACUCACAUACCAUCAAAGAGCUCACACUGGACAGAAGCCAUAUGCAUGUAAUGAAUGUGGGAAAACCUUCUUGACCAAGUCAUAUGUUGCUUUGCAUCAGAGAAUUCACACUGGUGAGAAGCCAUAUGAUUGUACUGAGUGUGGAAAAUCCUUCAGGUACAAGUCGUAUCUCACUAUUCAUAAGAGAACUCACACAGGUGAGAGGCUGUAUGAAUGUACUGAUUGUGGGAAAGCCUUUACCUUUAAGGCACAGCUCACUGUGCAUCAGAGAACUCACACAGGUGAGAAGCCAUAUGAAUGUACUGAAUGUGGAAAAGCCUUCAUGUCCAAGUCAACUCUCACUACCCACCAGAGAAUUCACACAGGUGAGAAGCCAUAUGAAUGUACUGAAUGUGAAAAAGCCUUCAUGUCCAAGUCAACUCUCACUACCCAUCAGAGAAUUCACACAGGUGAGAAGCCAUAUGAAUGUACUGAAUGUGGGAAAGCCUUCGUCUGCAAGUCAUAUUUUAUUAAGCAUCAGAGAAUGCACACAGGUGAGAAGCCAUAUGAAUGUACUGAAUGUGGGAAAGCCUUCAUCUGCAAGUCACACCUUACUAAACAUCAGAGAACUCACACAGAAGAGAAGCCAUAUGAAUGUACUGAAUGUGGGAAAGCCUUCAACUACAAGUCAAGCCUUUUUAUGCAUCAGAAAAGACACACAGGUUGGAAGCCAUAUGAAUGUACUGAAUGUGGGAAAGCCUUCGUCUGCAAGUCAUAUUUUAUUAAGCAUCAGAGAAUGCACACAGGUGAGAAGCCAUAUGAAUGUAGUGAAUGUGGGAAAGCCUUCAUCUGCAAGUCACAACUUACUAUACAUCAGAGAACUCACACAGGAGAGAAGCCAUAUGAAUGUACUGAAUGUGGGAAAGCCUUCAACUACAAGUCAAGCCUUAUUAUGCAUCAGAACAUACACAAAGGUGAAAAGCCAUAUGAAUGUAAUAAAUGUGGGAAAGCCUUCGUCUGCAAAUCAUAUUUUAUUAAGCAUCAGAGAAGUCACACAAAAAAGAAACCAUAUGGAUGUACUGAGUGUGGGAAAGCCUUCAUCUGUGAGUCACAUCUUAUUAAGCAUCAGAGAAUUCACACAGGUGAGAAGCCAUAUGGAUGUACUGAGUGUGGGAAAGCCUUCAUCUGCGAGUCACAUCUUAUUAAGCAUCAGAGAAUUCACACAGGUGAGAAGCCAUAUGAAUGUACUAAAUGUGGAAAAGCCUUCAACUGCAAGUCAUAUUUUAUUAAGCAUCAGAGAAGACACACAGGUGAAAAGCCAUAUGAAUGUACUGAAUGUGGGAAAGCCUUUGUCUGCAAGUCAUAUUCUAUUAAGCAUCAGAGAAGUCACACAGAAGAGAAACCAUAUGGAUGUACUGAAUGUGGGAAAACCUUCAUCUGCAAGUCACAUCUUAUUAAGCAUCAGAGAAUUCACACAGGUGAAAAGCCAUAUGAAUGUACUGAAUGUGGGAAAGCCUUCAUCUGCAAGUCACUCCUUACUAAACAUCAGAGAACUCACACAGGAGAGAAGCCAUAUGAAUGUACUGAAUGUGGAAAAGCCUUCGUCUGCAAGUCAUAUUUUAUUAAGCAUCAGAGAAGUCACACAGAAGAGAAACCAUAUGGGUGUACUGAAUGUGGGAAAGCCUUCAUCUGCAAGUCACAUCUUAUUAAGCAUCAGAAAAUUCACACAGGUGAAAAGCCAUAUGAAUGUACUAAAUGUGGAAAAGCCUUCAUCUGCAAGUCACAACUUACUAUACAUCAGAGAACUCACACAAGCAAGAAGCCAUAUGAAUGUAAUGAAUGUGUGAAAACCUACAACUACAAGUCAAGCCUUAUUAUGCAUCAGAAAAGACACACAGGUGAAAAGCCAUAUGAAUGUACUGAAUGUAAGAAAACCUUCGUCUGCAAGUCAUAUUUUAUUAAGCAUCAGAGAAUGCACACAGGUGAGAAGCCAUAUGAAUGUAGUGAAUGUGGGAAAGCCUUCAUCUGCAAGUCACACCUUACUAUACAUCAGAGAACUCACACAGGAGAGAAGCCAUAUGAAUGUACUGAAUGUGGGAAAGCCUUCACCUGCAAGUCACUCCUUACUAUACAUCAGAGAACUCACACAGGAGAGAAGCCAUAUGAAUGUACUGAAUGUGGGAAAGCCUUCACCUGCAAAUCAUAUUUUAUUAAGCAUCAGAGAAGACACACAAGUGAAAAGCCAUAUGAAUGUACUGAAUGUGGGAAAGCCUUCAUCUGCAAGUCACAUCUUAUUAAGCAUCAGAGAAUUCACACAGGUGAGAAGCCAUAUGAAUGUAAUAAAUGUGGGAAAGCCUUCGUCUGCAAGUCAUAUUUUAUUAACCAUCAGAGAAGUCACACAGGUGAAAAGCCAUAUGAAUGUACUGAAUGUGGGAAAGCCUUCAUCUGCAAGUCACAUCUUAUUAAGCAUCAGAGAAUUCACACAGGUGAGAAGCCAUAUGAAUGUACUAAAUGUGGAAAAGCCUUCAUCUGCAAGUCACAACUUAUUAAGCAUCAGAGAAUUCACACAGGUGAAAAGCCAUAUGAAUGUACUGAAUGUGGGAAAGCCUUCGCCUGCAAGUCACAACUUACUAUACAUCAGAGAACUCACACAGGCGAGAAGCCAUAUGAAUGCAUUGAGUGUGGGAAAGCCUUCGUCUGCAAGUCGCACCUUAUUACCCAUCAGAGAAGACACACAGGUGAGUAG